GGUAAUCUAUAACUAUAACUUGAUAAUAGUAUUUUUGGUCUGGUUCACAAUAUAAUCACUUAAUUAAUAUACUCCAAUGAGGCGGAAAGAUUAAGAGAAAGAAGACCAACUCGGUAAGUCCGACUCGGCAUUAGAAGAAAGCCAACUCAGUAGUCUUCAUUUCCUUCCUUUACAAUUUUACAUUACAGUUACACGAUUUAACCAUUUUUCCCGCACACAACAGGAAACCAUUCAGUAACACACACUUCUCUUCUCUCACUAAGAUAGAGAUAGAGAUAGAGAGUGUCACAAAGGACCCUCAGACGCAACGUGCAUUUCUCAUUCCCAAUAUACGACGGACAAAUUCACACCGUUUUCACAUCGACGUCGUUUACAGAUCCACCAUCGUCGUCUUCGUUAAUAACUCACUUCUGAAAAUCCCCAAGACACAGAACUGGAGCCUCUACAAGAUCCCAAGCAAUUGAAGGCUCCACCUGCCGCCGCAACCAACGGUCAGAUCCGUUACCGAUCGCCGUCUUCCGCCGAGCUUUUCGACGGUCAGUCCAGCAGUAACUCUCCACCGUCGCACACCGCCGAUCAACACUCUUCGGAGUUCGAAUUGAGCAAAAUGCUGAAGCGUCCCAGCCGUCAGGAGUCUCUCUCCGAUAAGAUCUACAGAUUUCGAGGAACUCUGCUCGUUGUAUCGAUUCCACUCCUUCUCAUCACGUUCGUUCUCUACAUGAUGCCUUCGAGUUCCUCUUAUGAAUCCGCCGGAGAUUACGCCCUCGUUAAUCGGAAAAUUUCCCCUGAUAAAAAAUCCGGUAGCACUUACGCCGUCAUUUUCGACGCCGGUAGCUCCGGUAGCCGCGUCCACGUUUUCCAUUUCGAUCAGAAUCUAGAUCUCGUUCACAUUGGCAAAGAUCUCGAACUUUUCGAGCAGACUAAACCAGGUUUGAGUGCGUAUGCUCAGAAUCCGCAGCAAGCAGCGGAAUCUCUGGUUUCGCUUUUAGAGAAAGCGGAGAGUGUUGUUCCUCGGGAAUUGCGAUCGAAGACACCCGUUCGAGUUGGGGCAACUGCGGGUUUGAGGGCUUUGGAAGGGGAUGCAUCUGAUAGGAUAUUACAAGCGGUAAGGGAUUUGCUUAAGAAAAGAAGCACAUUGAGAUCUGAGGCUGAUGCAGUUACGGUGCUGGAUGGAACACAAGAAGGUGCUUUUCAAUGGGUUACUAUUAACUAUCUAUUGGGAAACUUGGGAAAAGAUUAUUCUAAGACUGUUGGGGUAGUUGAUCUUGGAGGUGGAUCUGUUCAAAUGGCAUAUGCCAUAUCUGAGUCUGAUGCUGCCAUGGCUCCCAAAGUAACUGAUGGAGAGGAUCCGUAUGUUAAGGAGAUGUUUCUCAGGGGAAGAAAAUAUUACCUCUAUGUUCACAGUUACUUGCGCUAUGGUUUACUAGCUGCUCGUGCUGAGAUUUUAAAGGCUUCUGGUGAUGCUGAAAACCCGUGUAUCUUAUCUGGCUAUGAUGGAUCUUACAACUAUGGAGGAAAGUCCUUUAAGGCUUCAUCCUCUCCUUCUGGAGCAAGCUUAAAUGAAUGCAAAAGUGUAGCUCUCAAGGCCCUCAAAGUCAAUGAGUCAACUUGUACACAUAUGAAGUGCACUUUUGGUGGGAUAUGGAACGGUGGAGGUGGGGAUGGGCAAAAAAACCUCUUUGUUGCAUCAUUUUUCUUUGACCGGGCUGCUGAGGCUGGUUUUGCCAAUCCAAACUCACCAGUUGCAAUAGUUCGUCCUGCGGAUUUUGAGGAUGCCGCCAAGCAAGCUUGUCAAACAAAACUGGAGAAUGCCAAAUCCACUUAUCCACGUGUUGAAGAGGGGAACCUUCCAUAUCUUUGCAUGGAUCUUGUAUACCAGUAUACACUGCUUGUUGAUGGGUUUGGCAUAUAUCCAUGGCAAGAGAUUACAUUGGUAAAGAAAGUAAAAUACGAAGAUGCCCUUGUCGAGGCAGCUUGGCCGCUAGGAAGUGCCAUCGAAGCUGUAUCAUCUAGGUAACAGCACUAGUAUCAUUUGUUAGAUUACUCAUCCGAAAUCUCGGAGCAUGGAUUUGAGGUGAAAUACUGUCAUUCAUGAUGACCAGAAAUUACUUCAAGCAGAAUUGGAAUUGGAUAUGGGUCUACUUUUCAGGAAUAAUGGGAGAUUAUAGCUUCAUUAUUUUUCAUAUGUAAUUAAUACACAAUUUAUCUGAUUUACAGCUCCGGCAGAUUCAUUCGAUUCAUUAAGUGCAUUUAUAUAUCUUGUCUUGAGAGAUGAACAAAAUGGUGAUGCUUACACCAUUUCAUUUUUGUUUAAAUGGUUUUGUUGGUGAUGAUAGUUAAUCCUUUAUUUCUUCUCAUCUCGUUGAGCAUGCCAUAAA